AUGUCUAAAACCGAAGACUUGAUAAAUGCCUUAAAGUCGAGAAUCCUUGUAAUCGACGGCGCGAUGGGAACUAUGAUUCAAAGACACAAAUUAGGCGAAGCGGACUACAGGGGCGACGAGUUCACGGCUCACCCGAAGCCUCUUAAAGGCAACAACGAUAUCCUGUCGCUCACGAAACCUAACAUUAUAUACAGCAUUCACUUCGAGUACUUGAAGGCCGGGGCCGAUAUUCUCGAGACCAACACAUUCAGCGCUACAACCAUCGCACAGGCCGACUAUGAGUGCCAGCAUUUGGUGUACAGACUGAACAAAGAGUCGGCGCUAAUCGCACGGCGCGCUUGCGAUGACUACGAGAAGCAGUUCGGGGGGUCGAAGUUUGUGGCCGGUUCUCUCGGGCCAACCAAUAAAACGCUGUCGAUAUCACCGCAGGUCGAGAACCCAGCCUUUCGUAACAUAACAUGGGAUGAGUUGGUGACGGCUUAUAGGGAACAGACUAUGGGUUUACUGGAAGGCGGUGUUAAUCUGAUACUCAUUGAGACAAUCAUAGACACGGCUAAUUCAAAGGCGGCCCUAUUUGCCGUUCACUCCAUAUUUGAUGAGUUUCCACACUUCAAAGUCCCAAUCUUUGUCUCGGGAACCAUAGUCGACAAAAGUGGUCGAACCCUAUCGGGACAGACGGGCGAAGCGUUUAUUGUUAGCAUAUCUCACGGCCAGCCCUUAGCUAUUGGCCUCAACUGUGCGUUGGGCGCGGGAGAGAUGAAAGUAUUCAUUGAAAAUAUGAGUAAAUUCGCGGAAAACAAUUACAUACUGUGCUAUCCAAACGCGGGAAUUCCUAACGUCUUCGGCGAGUACGACGAGACGCCCGAAGAUAUGAAUAAACACAUCAAACGGUUCGCUGAGGACGGGUUGGUUAACAUAGUGGGCGGUUGUUGUGGUACAACACCAGAUCAUAUCAGACUGUUCGCUCAGUCUGUGAAAGGGCUGACACCCAGACCUGUUAAGACACACGUGGAGGAGAAGUUCUAUUUGUCUGGUUUAGAACCGUUUGUGGUGACAAAGGACUCGUUGUUCAUCAAUAUAGGCGAGAGGUGUAACGUCGCCGGCAGUAAACUAUUCGCUCGACUCAUACGUCAGGCGAAGUAUAGUCAGGCGCUGGAGAUCGCCAAAACUCAGGUGGAAAAUGGAGCCCAAGUGUUGGACAUCAAUAUGGAUGAGGGAAUGUUGGACAGCAAGAAAGAGAUGACACAUUUCCUCAAUCUGAUUGCCACCGAACCCGAGAUAUGCAAAGUCCCGCUUUGUAUCGAUUCGUCCAACUUUGCGGUCAUAGAGUCGGGGUUGAAGUGCUGUCAGGGAAAGUGUAUCGUCAACUCAAUCAGUCUGAAGGAAGGGGAGGACGAGUUUGUGAGGAAAGCCAAACUCAUUCAACGAUUCGGAGCGGCAGUUGUGGUGAUGGCCUUCGAUGAGACGGGACAGGCGGCCGAUGAGGAGACUAAAGUGAAGAUAUGCCGCAGGAGUUAUGAUAUACUGGUCGGCCCUCGAGUUAACUUCAAUAGGAAUGACAUUAUAUUUGAUCCAAAUAUACUGACCAUCGCAACGGGUAUGGAUGAGCACAACGAGUACGGCAUCGACUUUAUAAACGCCACCAAAAGGAUAAAGGAGUCGUGUAUUGGCGCGAAAGUGAGUGGCGGUGUGUCUAACCUGUCGUUUUCAUUCAGAGGGAUGGAAAAGAUCAGAGAAGCCAUGCAUUCAGUGUUCUUAUACCACGCCAUCAAAGCUGGUCUUACGAUGGGUAUUGUGAACGCCGGCUGUUUGCCACUCUAUACAGACAUUGAGAAGAAUUUGCUGGAAAUGUGCGAAAAUCUCAUCUGGAACCGCGAUCCUAACGGUACGGAAAAGCUCUUAGAAUACGCGCAGACAGUCGGCAAGACCAGCAAAUCUGAUGUAGAAGUCGAGGACUGGAGGCGACAAGCGGUUGAGGAGCGCCUCUCGCACUCAAUCGUCAAAGGAAUCGAUGUUCACAUUGAGAAAGACGUGGAAGAAUGUCGACAGAAUACAGGUGCCUAUCCCAGGCCUCUGCACAUAAUAGAGGGUCCACUUAUGAAUGGCAUUUCUAUUGUGGGAGAUCUGUUCGGUGAGGGAAAGAUGUUUUUGCCGCAAGUGAUCAAAUCGGCGCGAGUUAUGAAGAAAGCUGUCGCGCAUUUGAUUCCCUUCAUGGAGAAGGAGAAGUUGGAGUCGGGAGGUGUAGGUCAGAGUCACGCCGGCGUUAUAGUGUUAGCCACAGUCAAGGGUGAUGUGCACGACAUCGGCAAGAAUAUAGUGGGAGUAGUGUUGGGCUGUAAUAACUAUAAAGUGAUCGAUUUGGGUGUUAUGACGCCCUGCGAUCGGAUCAUCGAAACGGCGAUUCAAGAAAACGCUGACCUCAUAGGUCUUAGUGGUCUCAUCACCCCAUCCCUCGACGAAAUGAUUUUUGUGGCCAAAGAGCUCCAGAGGCAGGGAUUGAAGAUUCCGCUUCUGAUAGGAGGUGCGACCACUUCUAAGAAACAUACGGCCGUUAAGAUAGCGCCUCGUUAUACGGAACCCACUGUUCAUGUGUUGGACGCCUCCAAGAGUGUUGUCGUCUGUUCCCGUCUUUUGGAUAAGAAGUUGAGGGAAGACUUCUUGGAGGACCUGAACGAUGAUUACGAUUUGAUGCGUGAAGACCAUUACGAAUCACUCAGAGACAGAUCUUACCUCUCCAUAGAAAAGGCUCGUAAGAAGAAGUUGUGCAUCGAUUUCACUAAAUCAGACAUUAAAGCGCCGACAUUUGUGGGCACAAAAGUGUUCAAAGAGUAUGAUCUGAGAAAAUUAGUCCAUUAUAUCGAUUGGAAGCCAUUCUUCGACGUCUGGCAAUUGAGAGGAAAGUAUCCAAACCGUGGAUUUCCCAAACUCUUUAACGACGAAACAGUUGGCGCUGAAGCUAAGAGAGUGUACGACGAGGCGCUCAAACUAAUUGAUGAGAUAAUAGACCAGAAACUGUUGACAGCGACCGGAAUCAUUGGCUUCUAUAAGGCCAACACUAUUAGUGACGAUGUGAUCCAAUUAAUGGAUGAAAACGGCAAACCUGUGGCCACUUUCCACGGUCUGAGACAACAGGCCGAGAAGGACUCGCACGACGACUCUCCCUACCUAUCGCUCGCCGAUUUCGUAGCGCCGAUCAAGAGUGGUGUCACCGACUAUAUGGGUCUGUUUGUGGUGAGCGCCGGCUUCGGCUGCCAAGAGAUGUGCGACCGGUUUAAGAGAGAACACGACGACUACAAAGACAUUAUGACGAAAGCAAUCGCCGAUCGAUUCGCUGAGGCGUUCGCUGAAGAGCUCCACGAAAGAGUGCGCAAAGAGUUGUGGGGAUAUAGUCGUGAGGAACAGUUGGAUGCAAACGAUUUACUUAAAGUCAAAUACGACGGCAUAAGACCGGCGCCGGGAUACCCGAGCCAACCCGACCACACCGAGAAGCUCACGAUUUGGGAGCUCAUGGAUGUGGAGAAGCAAACGGGCAUUCGGUUAACCGAAUCGCUGGCCAUAAUGCCGGCCGCGUCCACGUGUGGCCUAUACUUCGCUCACCCGAUGUCCUAUUACUUCGCUGUCGGCAAAGUACAGUCGGAUCAGGUCUGCGAUUAUGCCAAACGAAAGGCACAGUCAGUGGAAACGGUAGAGAAAUGGUUGAGUCCUAUACUGGCCUAUGAACCAGAAGAUGACAAAUGAAACUCAGGGAA